CUGCAAUGCACACUGCUGAACCAACAGCGAUUCACAACAUAUCAACACAAAGUGGAUCAGUAACAACAACACAAAAUACACCAUCAGUGGCAACAGAAUUCACAACACACACUGUGUCCACAGCUGCACUGACACAAUCUAUUCCACUCACAAUAGAAUCAGCAACAAUGGCAACACAAACCACCUCGUCCGCGGUUUCACCAACACAAAGACAAACACAAAUUACAGUUGUAACCUCUCAAACGGCACAAAGUACAGCAUCUGUAACAACAGAAUCAGCCACAUUACAAAGACCAACUUUAUCAUCAACGACAGAACAACCCACAACUGUAAGACAUACUGAUGAACCAAGAGCAAUUCAUAGUGGAUCAUUCACAACACAAACUGAUUCCACAACAACACAGACACAAUCUAUUCUACCCACAGUAGAAUCAUCAACACCAACACAAAGUACAACAUCUGUGGUUUCACCAACACAAAGACCAACACAGACCACAGUUGUAACCACACAAUCAACAACUUCAACAGAAUCUACCCCAUCUGUAACAACUACAUCAAUGGCUUCACAAACGUCAGUGUCAUUAACAACAGAACAACCCACAGCAAUGACUACAACAAUACAAACUACACCAUCUGUGGGAACAGCAUUUACAACAACAACACAAUCUAUUCCAUCCACAAUAGAAUCAUCAACAACAGAACAACCUACAACUGAAAGACAUACUAAUGAACCAACAGCAAUGCACAACACAUCAACGCAUAGUGGAUCAGUAACUACAACAACACAAACUACACCACCUUUGCCAACAGCAUUCACAACACAAACUGUUUCCACAGCUCCUCCAUCACAAUCUAUUCCACUCACCACAGAGUCUACAACACCAUCACAAAUUACAGUUGUACGCACACAAUCAGCAACUUCAACAAAUGCUGUGCCACCUGUAACAACUACAUCAGUGACUUCACAAACAACAUCAGCAUCAUUAACAACAGAACAACCCACAGCAAUGACUACAACAAUACAAACCACACCAUCUAUGCCAACAAUUACAUCAACAAUACAAACUACACCAUCUGUGGAAGCAACAUUGACAACACAAACUAGAGGAUCUGUGGAAACAGUGUCCACAACAACACCAACACAAUCGUCUUCACUCACAAUAGAAUCAUCAACAACACCAACACAAGUUACAGCUGUAACUACACAAUCAGCAACUUCAGCAGAGGCUGUACCAUCUGUAACAACAGAAUCAGCCACAUCACAAACAUCAACAUCAGCAUCAUUAACAACAGAACAACCCACAACUGCAUUGCACACUGCUGAACCAACAGCGAUCCAAAACACAUCAACACACAGUGGAUCAGUGACUACAACAUCACUAACUACACCACCUGUGGAAACAACAUUCACAACACACACUGAUUCCACAACAACACAGACACAAUCUAUUCUACCCACAGUGGAAUCAUCUACAACACCAACACAAAGUACAUCAUCUGUGGUUUCACCAACACAAAGACCAACACAGAGCGUAGUUGUAACCACACAGUCAACAACUUCAACAGAAUCUACCCCAUCUGUAACAACUACAUCAGUGGCUUCACAAACAUCAGCAUCAUUAACAACAGAACAACCCACAGCAAUGACUACAACAAUACAAACUACACCAUCUGUGGGAACAGUGUCAACAACGACACAGUCUAUUCAAUCCACAACAGAAUCAUCAACAACACCUACACAAAAUACAGCAUCUUUGUCAUUAACAACAGAACAACCCACAGCAACAACUACAACUAUACAAACACCACUAUCUAGGCCAACAAUGAUCACAACACAAACUGUUUCCACAGCUGCACCGACACAAUCUGUUCUACUCACAAUACGAUCAUUAACACCAACACAAAGCACAGCAUCCACGGUUUCACCAGCACACAGACCAACCCAGAUUACAACUGCGACCACACAGUCAACAACUUCAGUAGAAGCUGCACUAUCCGUAACAGCUCAAUCAUUGACUUCACAAACAUCAGCAUCAUUAACUACAGAACAAGCCACAACUGCAAUGCACACUGCUGAACCAACAGCAAUGCAUAGCACAUCAACACCUAACUGUUCUGCUCACAGUCGAACCAUCAACAUCAACAACACAAAGUACAACAUCUGUGUCAACAGAACCAGCCACAUCACAAAGACCAACUCAAAGCACAGCUGUAACUACAAAAUCAUCAACUUCAGUAGAAACGUCACCAUCUUCUACAACCAAAUCAGUGACUUCACAAACAUCAACAUCAGCAUCAUCAACAACAGAACAACCCGCAGCUGCAAUGCACACUGCUGA